GUCUUCGCGGCGCCUCGACCGACGCGGCCUCCGAAGGUUGACAGGGCGAACAUAUCCGCCAUUGUUGACCACGAUUGGGAGGUCUGGAGAGGUGGUGUGCGCCUACAAAGCACAAAACAAAGUACGGUCAACGACGACCGCCUGGUGGAUAGCGAGUUUGCUUCCUGGCCACCAUUCCUACCGCAUCAUUGCGAGACGACGCGACCGACACAGCCGAUGGCUGCGGGGCCUACGGCCACCAGAGCCCCGUCCACUCAAACGCUCCAGAUCGUUGCUGUCGAUAUGAACUCGGCCCGGCUGGUCGACGUCAAUGAACAGUCGAAUGUACGCUCCCUGUCGGAGGAAUCGGACUCAUCCUCCGAUACGGCGAGUAGUAUUGGCCGCGAAGAUGGAUUCUGUGUCCAAGGAAAAGAGGAUUGGGCGUACGGGCGAGCCGCUGUCGAGCCGCUUGUGAUGAAGACUGUAGACGGCCCGUUGCGCGAAUGCGACUGGAUCGACUGUCCAUUCUGCCCUUCUUCAGUCGGUGAGGCAGCCUUCUCGGGAGGGGACGCCAAGUCGAAGGCGCCGCCGAAGGAGAGCGCGUCGCGAGCACGGGCGUCCGGACGCUCUCGACUUCGGGCUGGCCUACCGUCUUCAGGCAACAAGAGGACCUCAGCAAAGACUCGUCACGUCGAGACAGGCUGCACCCCAGCGAGAGAGAAAGGGUCCCGAGCGUCGCCCUCUACGAAAGACGUCUCCAGUUGCCCGCGACCUUGCGACUGGAUCGAUUGUCCGAUCUGCGAGCAGGCCGAGUUCACGUCGACCGCAGCAAAAUGCGAGGCUGCUGGACAAAUUUGGCCUGGAGAGACUGCAAGUCGCAAAUCAUCAGACCGCAAGAACAGCAAAAAGGAGAGCAGGGAGUUCUAUAGGGUUGCUGUAAUGUUGGGCCUAGUACCCGAGCUAUGACUGCGAUACAGUAGGCUGCCGUUGAAGAGAACAGCCCAGUCCUUGGAUCAUCGUCUGAGGUCGGUCAUGAAUUGAUACAGUCGCGAGUGCCAGCAGUGGCCAAACGACCACCAUCGUCAUGAGACGAUAAACUGGGUCACAAGCGAUACUGGAGCUGCUGGCGAGGUCGAC